AAAGGGCCCGAGAGCCAUCGCGCGUUUGAACGACUAAGAUUGAUACAAACGUUAGAAGUGAAUGAAGUGAUUGCCUGGCCCGGUGACUGCCGUGCCUGGACUGUGAGCAGUUUCUGCCUUCUGCUGCAGCAUGGGAUCUCGGCUGAGGACACUGUACAACAGCCUGCUCACAAGGCACCCUGUUAUAGUGCAGUCAGUUCAAGCAGGUGCCCUCAUGGGCGUGGGGGACGUUCUCGCCCAGGCGGCCGUGGAGAGGAGACCACUGCGCGAGCUCGAUCUGUUCAGGGUCGGCCGCUUCUUCGGCAUCGGGCUGUGCAUGGUGGGCCCCGGCCUGCGGCUCUGGUACGGCGCGCUGGACCGGUACGUCGGCAGCCAGGGCGCCCGGAUCGUGGUGCGCAAGGUGGCGCUGGACCAGGGAGUGUUCGCCCCGCUCUUCCUCGGCAACUUUCUGGUGGUGCUCGGCGUCCUGCAGGGCCGCGACUGGCAGCAGAUCAAGCGGAAGAUGAAGGACGAGUACAGUGACAUACUGUUCAACAACUGGAAGCUGUGGCCGGCUGUGCAGCUCGUCAACUUCUACUGUGUGCCGCUGCACCACCAGGUGCUGUUCGUGCAGACGAUAGCCAUCUUCUGGAACACGUACCUGGCCUGGAAGGCCAACAGCAGCGAGGUGAAGGCGGUCGAGCCGCUCACGUAGUGUCGGCCGCGUGCGGCGACGCCCGCUGCUCCCGCGGCCCCCGUGAACGGCCCGUGACCCGGGCUGGGAUCAGGACGCCGAGCCGUCGCUGCGUUAGUGGAGGACCGGGUACCUCAAGGAUGGAGGACGGUGGCUCGUGUGUGCGGGUGGUGUAACGUGAGUCUGGAUAUGUCGGACGCGACACACUGGCGUCACACCGUCACGAUGGGAAAGGGUGUAGCACAGAUUGUGAGCGCAUGCAGGCAUGGUGCGUAAUAGGGGGCCUAUAGCGAUGGGUUAUAUUGAGUGAUUGAUAACUGCAUCUAGGUAUGUUAGAUGCGUUCUAGCUCGCAAUGUUACCGUGGGAUCCCGAUCGCCACCAGCUUUCGCCGAUACCGUACUUCAAUCGGCGAUCAGGGAGGGGCACAACAUGAUCGUCACACGCUGCUUCCGUACGGGCUGCUCGUCCAUGUGCAUUAGUCGUUUUAUGUGUGGCGUCGGCCGAACCGGGUCACAUUCAUUGCCUGAGGCGCUCCGAACGUUCUCGGAAGGCGGCAGGCCGCAAUCAGGGCGAGGAUCAGCCACCGGGAAGUGCAGAUCCGGCUUCGUUGGAAGCGUCGCAUAUGUGUGUGUAUGUGUGAGGGAGAGCUCUUCGGGCUGUACAGUGUCUCGCCGUUCAGACCCAGCGCCACAUGUCAGAGGCUUCAGCGCACUCCCGUCCUGCCCAGACAUCGCCGUGUUGAGAGCCGUCGUCGCCAUCCUGUUCGGGGGUUCGGUGCUCUGGCCGGACAGCAGCGGAGCACCGGACCGCGGAAAUACACGAUCUCCGGCGGCUGCGCCCGAAUGUUCAUUGAAUGCCUCCAGGGAAUUGGAGGCCGUCUGCGCAAGGCCAGCAGGAAGUAAUCCACAUGCGGCGGUGAAUGUUGUCGCCAGACUAUGCGAAUAUUACGCAUUUGGUGACACUAAUCAAAUGAAUACUCUACAUCGCGUGCAGCGCAGCCCCUGCCGCGAAACCUGACGGGAAAUGCGGGGUGCGAGAAACCAUACGCGGGCGAUGUCAAGAAUUGAAGCCCCGAGGGAAAUGCGUGCUCCCCGGGGCCUAUAUGUACGCAAUCGAACGAUCCCGGGAUUCGCGUGAUUGUUUGAUACGUAGACGCUGCGUCUUGGUUCGGCGCUGGUAGGAUUUUUAUAGGUCCAGGUUACCGAUGUCCGUAACUUGGCCUGGAGCCCGUUUCAGGCUUCGUAAAUAGGUCGCGAAAUGCUAUUCGUUCGUGUCGGGAUUGUCAU